CAAGACCACAGCAAGCUGCUUUGUGUCUCGAUGUGCCGAUGUGUUUUUUUUAAAGCGGAUAUUGAUUAAUUUCACACAAUGUACCGAAAACUGCUAUUUAUGAUGGUAUUGUGCAAUGCAACCGGGUUUAACGUUCAGAUAUCUCCAGUGAAACAUUUUACCAAUGAGGAUCCACUCUUUGGCCAAACCAUCAUUCAGUCAAAAGAUGGGAUUUUUGUUCCCUCCCCGAUAUAUGGAGGCCUUUUUGAGUGUACUCUAGAAAAUGAAUGCACCAAAGUAAACAUUAACGAUGAGAACCCAAAAGGCAUGAGACCAGUAGCAUCAGUGGCUAGCCUGACAUCACAAGACCAACAUGUUGUGAUGUGUAAUCAAGUUAGAACAAAGAGCAGAGGAACUGAGUAUUUGAAUGGAAAUUGCACACUUAUGAGUCCUUCUGGAAAAGUCAAGCUAUCUCCUGCUGAAUUAGACAACAACAUGGACAACAACAACAACAACAACAACAACAACAACAACAACAACAACAACAACAACAACAACAACAACAACAACAACAACAAAUACAGAGGUGGAAGGAUCGAUCAAGUUAAAUGGAGGAAGAGAAGAGAAGCGCAACCGAAUCUUGGCGCAUUAGAGGAGGAGGAGGAGGAAGAGGAAGAAGAUCCUGGGACAGAGAUUGCAUUCGUGCUGGAUGGUUCUGGCAGCAUUCAGUAUGAUGACUUUGAGAAGGCGAAAGAAUUCAUCCACACCACCAUGUCCAAUGUUUGGAAAACAUGUUUUGAUGCAAGUAUUUUUUUUUAA